AUGGCUACAGCAAGAGCAGCAACGUGGCAACGCUCUACCUCUGGGAGGCUUUGGCGGCCUGUAGCAUCCUCAAGAACAACUUUGAGAGGGUUGGUGCCCUGUCCUAUCAGCCUUUGCAUCUGCGACCGUCCUCUUGGCCAGCAGCGCUUUUCUCAGAGCAGGAGGUGGGGGCCAGAGCAAAAGCCUGGGCAGGCUGCCAGGGGGGCUAGGGUGUCUACGCAAUCGAAGGAGGUGGAUGGUCCAGGGGAGCAGACUGGAAAUGGUGGUGGCAACGGGGGUGGUGGUGGGGGGGGAAGAAAGGGCGUGACAGAUGGAGGAGGGAACAACUGGUGGCGAAAGUGGCGAAAGUGGCCCGUUGCUGAAACCAUGUUGGUGGCAAUUGUGACUUCUCUGCUGACGUACUUCUUCGCGCAGCAGCUGCAGAGCAGGGAGAAGACCUCUACAGACGUCAGUAAAAAAAUCAUGCAGCUUAUCAGGAAGAGGCUCACGAAGAAGUACGAUCCGGAGGAGUUAGCAAAGCUAGAAGAAGAGCUCGGGGUGCCACUUUUGCCAAGGGACGAAGUGACGCUCGUGCUGGAGUCAACUGGUGACUCGUGCCUCCUGCUGGGGCCGUCACGCUGCGGGAAGACAACCUCCGUCAAGCUGUGGGGCCGUGGCAAGCGCCCCUUCCUCUACUGCUCGAUCCGCGGCUACCCGGAUUCAUGGCUCGCCGAAGCCCUAGGGAUCCCGGGCGAGUAUGCCAAGCUCAUCCCGGACAGUGAGCUGCGGACGCUCUUUCUGUCCGCCAUCAAAGGGACCGAGGGCAAGCCUGUGGUCGUCAUGGACGACGUGCAGUGCCUGCCAACCGAGGCGGGGCAGAAGCUGACAGCGGACAGCAAGAAGCUUCUUGCCUCGUUCAUCACGGCGGCGGCGGAAAAGCGGAUCAAGCUAGUCUUCCUGGCUUCGGAGGCCUGGGUGGCUGCUGAGCUGAGCACUGUAUCGGGUGCCAAUGCGCGCGUAGAGCGCGUUAUGGUUCAGCAACCACCCAUGGCGGUCCUCGGGGAGUACCUGAACCGACUGCUGCCGCAAGUUCUGACGCCUGAGCAGCAUGGUUUGAUCAUCCAGACCUCCGAGAGGAACGUCGGCGACCUGGUGAAGGUCGUGCAGACGCUGAGCUCCAUGCGAGCAGCGGGCAGGGAGCUGACGAUGGACAACGUUAAACUCGCAUGCUACCGCCUCUACGAGCCCGACAUCCGGCGAAUUGAAACAUUCCUGGAGUCCGUCGCUGGCAAGCUUGCCGGCAAGGACGAGCGGGCGGGGGUAAAGAUGGCUUUCAGCCUUUUCAAGGCUGCAUUGGAGUCGGGAGACGGCAAAGUCCAACUCCGUACUCUCCAAUCUAGACUAGGACAGAAGUUUGACAGUACUUUGGGCUCAAACGUCGCAAAGGCGCUGGUAGAUUGGAACGUCUUUGCGAAAGGGGAGGGAGUCUGGGCCUGGCACCUGCAUGCUCCUCGAAUAAAACACGCUUUGGCAGUUGUUUUGGAAGACAAGUCAGGACCAGACGACUUGAAAUAA